AUGAGUAUCCAAUCUAAAUUAAAGUUUAAAGAUGGAAUGUUUAAUACAGCUAAACGAGAAGAAUUACAUAAACAAAUAGAAGCAGAAAUCGGAAGUGAGAGGUACUCUUUUCUAAUAAAUAUCAAAGAUAAAAAUCAGAAAAGUAUUGGAGAGCAAGGAUAUGAUCCAUCUACAUUAUUUAUCCCUGCAAGUUGUUUGAUGAAAAUGACACCAUUUGAAAAACAAUAUUGGAACAUAAAAAAAGAUAAUUAUGACGUUGUAGUUUUUUUUGCUAAAGGAAAGUUUUAUGAAUUAUAUGAAAAUGAUGCUGAUAUUGGUAACAAAGAAUUAGGACUUAAAAUUACUAAUAGAGUUAAUAUGAGAAUGGCUGGUGUACCAAAAGCAUCAUUCAAUACAUAUGCAUCAAAAUUACUUGAAUUAGGAUAUAAAGUAGGUUGUGUAGAUGAAAAAGAAACUUCAGAAGAAUCAAAGAAAAGAGGAGCAACAAUAAUUGUUAAUGGUAAAAGAGAACCAAAUAUUGUUCGUAGAGAGUUGACAAGAAUAUACACUGUUUCUACUGCAACAGAACCAGAAUUAUGCUCUGAUACUAGUGAUAUGUUUUGUAUGGCUAUCGUAUCAAAUGGAUGUGAUGUUGGAGUGUGUUAUGGUGAUGCAUCUGUUGGUAGAGUAUUCUUAGGAUACUUAGAAGAUACAGAAUUACAUAAUAGUCUUCAUACUUUGUUACAUAGAGUACAUCCAAAAGAAAUCUUAUUAUUAAACAGUAUUUCAGAUGAUAUUGCUCAUAUUUGUAAAAAUCUUAAAUUUGCAGAAAUAACAUAUGUAAAAGAGCCAGAAGAUAUUAGUGGAGUAUUGCCAUUAUUUGCCAAUAGAGGAAGAGUACCUAAAGUUAUUGAGAAGUAUAGUACUAACGAUCAAGUGAUGACAGCCUUUACUAUUCUUUAUAAUUAUUUUACUACUUUAUUAAUCCCAAAGACAAUUAUAAUUAAUGGAACUUUUGGAGAAUAUACAACAUUAUCUCAGGAUUAUCUUAUUGUUGAUGCACAGAGCAUUGUUAAUUUAGCUUUAUUUGCUAGUAAAGGAAAAGAAGUAGAAGGUACACUUCUUCAUUUUGUAGAUAACUGUUUUACAGCAUUUGGUAAACGAAUGUUACGAGAAAGAUUUUUAUUAAAACCAUUAAUGGAUGUUAAUAAGAUUCUUCAUAGACAAGAAGUAGUUGAAUUCUUUUUAGAAAACAAUGAUUUAAUUGAUCAAAUAGGAACAUUUUUAAGAGUAAUACCUGAUCUUGAACGAUUGUUAAGUCAAUGCACAUCAUUAACAAUAACUGAAUCUAAUUUUAUUCGUAUGGUAUCAGGGUUUGAAACAUGUCAAAAAUUAAUAAAUGAAUUAAAGGCUAUAGUAAAAGAUAUGCCAGAAGUACUUCAAACAAUUGUUUUAGAUAAAAACAAUUUAGGAUAUCCUAAUCUUGAAGAAUUUAUUUCUAAGUUAGAAAGUAUCUAUGAUUUUACAAAAGCAAAAGAAGAACAUGCUAUUACUUUCUUUAAUGGAUAUAAUGAAGAAAUAGAUCAUGCUUUUGAAAGAAGAAAUGAAUUAGAAAAUGAAUUUGCUAAGGAAUUAGUUUCAAUUCAAAAAAUCUUUGAAGAAGCAAAGUAUGUAAGUAUUGGAGGUGAUGACCAUUUAAUUGCAUUACCAAUUAAACGUUAUGAGUCUUAUCUAAAAAAACAUACUAAAUUACCUAGUGGAUAUACUGAAGUCAAUAAAAUCAAAAGUGAAGCACGACUUAUGAGUUCUAAAGUUAGUAAUAUCCAAACAGAGUAUGAUUUAAAUGAAAAACAGAUUAAUGACUCUCAUCAUACUUUAUUCAAUCAAUUAAUUAAUGAAGUAUCAAGUACUUUAGUAUUAUCAAGAGCAAUUACUAAUAUUGGAUUGAUUGAUUGUUUUGUUUCAAUCGCUCGUUGUUCUCAAUCAAUGGAAACAUCAUGUGUUCCUUCUUUCAUUAAAAAUGGAAUGAUUUAUUCAUAUGGAAAAGACCCUGAACCAACAUCUAUUACAACUCCAUACUUUAAUGCAAAACAGUUAAAGCAUCCAUACUUGACUGUUUCAACUAAAACAAAUGCAAUUCCUUCUAAUAUUAUUCUUGGAGGUACUGAUCCUCAAACUAUUAUUUUAACUGGACCAAAUAUGGGAGGUAAAUCUACAUUAUUAAGAACAGUAUGUCUUGCUGUUAUCAUGGCUCAAAUGGGAAUGAGAUGUACUGGUGAAGAAAUUACUAUGUCAGUUGUUGAUCAUAUCUUUACUCGUAUUGGAGCUUCAGAUGAUAUUUUACACGGGAUGAGUACUUUUAUGGUAGAGUUAGACGAAACAGCUCAAAUGCUACAUGAUGCUACACAAGAUUCUUUGGUUGUAUUAGAUGAACUAGGAAGAGGUACAUCUACUCAUGAUGGGUUAGCUAUUGCUCAUGCAGUAGUUGAAUACACAGUCUCAAAAAUUAAGCCAUUAAUGAUUGUUUCAACACAUUACCAUCAACUAUGCGAAGAGUUUGAGGAACGUGGAGAUGUUAAAUUAAGUCAUAUGGGAUGUACAAUUCAAAACAACCAAAUAAUUUUUUUGUAUACAUUAUUAGAUGGUGCAUGUCCAAAAUCUUAUGGUAUGAAAGUAGCUGAAAUGGCAGGACUUCCAACUAAAAUCGUUCACCGAGCAGAAAAUAUAGCAACAUGGUUUGAAUUAUAUUCAUGGUGGAAAGAUAAUGAAGAUGCCCAAACAUUUACAAAUAUAGUCUGUGCAAACAAACGAACAUUUGAACAAUAA